AUGGAUGGUUUGAUUCCAAUGGCGUUUAAGGCUAUGAGGAGAAACCGGACUCGCCGGAGUUAUGAAUGUCUCUCUUCCUCUGCCGGCACGAAUAAAGAAUCUUCCGAUGACUACGACUUCUUUCCCUUCGCCGGAAAAUUCGAUCACUCCGUUGUAUCUCGAGUCCCACCGUCUUCUUUUGAUCAUAUAGAGACGAACAACGGUGGUGCUCAACAACGUCACCGUCGUGGAUGGUCGGUCGGAGAUUUCUCUUCCAUGUCUUGUCGGGAAGGAAGAAGUUCCGGUGGUGGACACGGCGGAGAUAUCGGUUUUUCACCGUCUCGGCGAGGACAGCUUGUGAGGAAUAGAAGUCAUAGAUUGUUUUCUUGUGUCUCAGGUAAAUGA